AUGGCGGAUUGGGGAUACAACCCGCCUCACGGCUGGGCCCAGGGCCCAUGGGAUAGUUUCGAUGGCUUCUUUUAUCAAGAUCCCAGCGGCUGGGCACCCGCAGCUCAUGGCUUCUUCCCCGCGCCGCCCGGAUUUGGCUGGUACGAACUCCCAGGUGAUGGGAUGGGCGGCUAUUUCGGUGAUUUCACAGGCGGCUUGUCACUUGGGGGAUAUGGCGGCAUGUGCGGCACGAUGCCUUGCGACAUUGGUGGCAUGGGCGGUAUCAUGGGAUACCCCGGCCUCCCGAACUUAGGUGUCGGUGGCGGUGGGCAAUCGUGGCAACAACUCGGGCUCCCUGUGGACGACGGCGGAAUCCCUGGGGUCAACAUCAAGAAUUCCACGGACGGCAUCGGACUCGAGCCGGGAUACAAUUACAUCUUCGCCAAAGAGCAUUGCAAGAUCCACGUCAUCAAAAGCGCGACAGCGCCCUGGCAAAACGAGGGGAAUGAAACGUUCAACUACACAGCGCAUGUGGUUCCGACUUGUGUGACGCUCAAGACUCUGCUCCAGCAGUUCGGAUGCGACAAUGAAGAUCCAGGGAAGAAUGUUCUCCAUGAAGUUGUUCCUGGGGGAGGAGGGAAGUGGUAUCGUGGGCUGACGAUUAAGGGGGACAAUGGAGAUCUAAUGAAGAAGAAGGUCAGCGAGAUGGGGUGGGAUGAGAAGAGAGAUGGGAAGAAGGGAGAAGUGGUGUGGGUCUAUUUCACGAAGGAUUAG